ACCAUUACUCUUCAGUAGUGAUCAUGAUCGCGCAACGAUCGAUACUAUUUUUCAUAUUAUUGCCAGCUUUGAUAGAAGCUUGGUUCGAAGGAUGUGAUCAGCAGUACCAAUUGGCGGAAACUGCCAAUGUACAGCUGGUGUCGCCUUUCUAUUCCAAUGGAAAGUAUCCAUCAGGAAGCUCCUGCCGCUACAUGCUCAUUGCCCCUCCCGGAUAUAGCAUGCAAAUGAGCUGUAACAUCAAUAUCGAUACACCGCAAGGUUCGGCUUGUUCAACCGAGCUAUUCUACAUCUCAACCGAAGGUUUCUCCUCGGUGACGGGAAGUGAAUUCAUGUGCGGUUCAGGCACAGUGAAUCGAAACUCUCUGUUCAACAAGAUGAUGGUCGCCUACACUUCGUCCAGUUCAACCAGUGGAGGGUCCUUCAGUUGCCAAAUCCAGGUUCAAAAGCAGGACUGCGACUGUGGAUGGUCUCGAUCGCAAAAGAUUGUCGGUGGAACCGAAGCCGGUGUUAACGAGUACACUUCGAUUGUCGGGUUACUGGACAAAGUGACGGCGAAUGUGUUCUGUUCCGGAGUUAUUGUAAAUUACAGAUAUAUUGUAACGGCCGCUCACUGCGUCCAGAAUACGCCGAACCCACAGCGUAUUCAAGCUCUCGUCGGGGAUCAAAACUACCGAACGGGCCUCGAUACGCCAUACUCGCAACUCUACGACAUUGCAAGCAUAGUAUGGCAUGAGAACUACAACCAGGACACCCGUGACAAUGAUAUCGCCAUCUUGACGACCACCACGAACAUGCAAUGGACCCGUGGAGUGGGACCGGUAUGUCUGCCGUUCAAUUACUGGUACUACGAUUUCAGUAAACUGCAGGUGGACGUGGCCGGAUGGGGUACUAUGAGUUUCGGAGGUCCAACCAGUUCAACCUUGAGACGUGUCACGUUGGAUGUGAUAGCCAAUAGCCAGUGCCAGGUUCAGUAUGUCAACGAUCAGAAGCUUUGUGCUUUUACGCCCGGCAAGGAUACCUGUCAGUUCGAUUCAGGCGGUCCGCUGUAUCUACGGGGAGUCCAGCGGAUGUAUUCGAUCGGAAUUGUCAGCUAUGGGGGAGCGUGUGCCGGAUCUACACCUUCGGUGAAUACCAGAAUUACAUCCUAUUUGGGAUGGAUCCAGAGUAAGACUACUGAUGCCACUUAUUGUGUUAAGUAAAUUGAG